CCAAAUGUGAAGGAUUAUUUCUCAACAUCAUUCUACCGGUAGCCCUGAAAUAUUUCUUGAAAUAUAAUCAAAUUUUCACAGAGGAUGAGUGUUAUUGAGAAAAGACCCACUGUGAGAAGUUAAUAUUCUAGCGUACAACUGUGUGGAACCAGAUUGGAAUGAAAAUGGAUCAAGCUAUUGAAAGCUUGUUGAUCGUUUCAAAUAGCAUUCCUCGAUUACAAUAUGUACAGAAUUGUGUGAAGGCUUCAACUGUUCUGGUUACUUACGAUUUUCAAACAUUCACAUUGUAUGAUAUCCUAGUGGAAAUUGGAAAAGUAUUGAGCUUGAAUAAGGUCUCCAAUAUAGGCAUUUUUCUUCAUGGAAAUUCAAGAGGACUAUUCGUGUGUGCUACUGAUAAAAAGAUUAUCAAUACGGAAUCAUUAAGACAUGACCCAGCGAUUCGAGACUUUUUAUAUGCCUUGUCCACCAGACACUUGAAUAAAGACUUGUCUGUCAAUAAUAGAAUCGACUUCUUUAACGUUUCUGCUUCUAUGAACACUCUUUAUUUUCAACAUUUGUUACAAGAAAUUAUGGAAGUACCAAUUACACUGAAUGAAGAUUUUCGUAAAUUGGAUGAGAAUGGAUAUCCUAUCAGUCAUCACUACUUUGACCCCAGAAAAGAUGACAUUCUAAGACAACAGAUAUAUUCUCCCAAUAACCAACAUUUAUCUGGUUACAAAAAGAUUAGAAUGGUUGGGAAAGGUGCAUUUGGAACGGCCAUUCUAUAUGAACGCGAUAAGGAUAAUAGACUGGUUGUGAUUAAAGAGAUAAACAUGACUGAGCUGACCGCUUCUGAACGCCAAAUGGCAUUGAAUGAAGUACAAGUACUGUCUCUCCUUACUCAUCCUAAUAUAAUAAGAUAUUUGGGCAGUUUUGAAGUGGACGGUGUGCUGAUGAUUGAGAUGGAGUAUGCGGAUGGUGGCACAUUGGCCCAGUUCAUAGCUCAACAGUCCAAGCAGCUGAGUGAGAGAGAUGCACUUAUAUUCUUCAGGCAAAUAUGCAGUGCUAUUGCCCAUAUGCAUCAGCAUAAUAUUCUUCAUAGGGAUUUGAAGACAGCAAACGUAUUUCUGACAAAAGAUAACGUGGUGAAGGUGGGUGAUUUCGGUAUUUCAAAGGUGAUGUCAACAAAAUCGCAAGCGCAUACAAUUCUUGGGACACCGUACUACAUCAGUCCAGAGAUGUGUGAAGGAAAGCAUUAUGGUUCCAAAUCGGACGUUUGGGCUCUUGGUUGUAUCUUGUAUGAGCUCGCUUGUCUUCAGAAGACGUUUGAAGGAACAAAUCUUCCAGCCCUUGUCAACAAAAUUAUGAAGGGUGACUUCCAGCCUGUACCAAAUGGAUAUUCAACAGGUUUCAGGGAUUUAGUUUCUUCUCUGCUAUCAAAGAACCCUGAUAUGCGGCCCUCUGCUCAGGAAGUCUGUGAGAGGAUAGAUCAACUUCUAGCUGGGACUGAUGAUUAUAAAAAGACUAUCUCAGAAUCUGUCUUGUAUACAAUGACCGGAAAAGGCAGAGAUUUCUCACUGAUUCCAGUACAAAUGCCGGCUCAAUGUAAAGUCAUCCAUAUCUCUGCCAGCCAUACACAUUAUGUAGCUCUAAGUUCAGAGAUGCUAGUAUAUACAUGGGGCGAAGGAAGAAGAGGCCAACUUGGUCAUGAUGAAACCAUGAUUUGGUGUCAGCAGCCAAGAUUGGUGGACAGCUUAAGAGGAAGAGGUAUUGUCAAGGUUGGAGCCGGGGAUGGGUUCAGCAUAUUUGUUAGUGACACAGGAAUGGCGAUGACAUGUGGAGAUGGCACCUUCGGAUCUCUUGGUCAUGGUGAAUGGAGAAACGUCCAUAAGCCUCAUCUGAUUGAGAGACUAUUGAGUGAAAAUGUGGUGGAGAUGAGUUGUGGUGAACACCACUGUGCAGUGAUGACAAGUGAAGGUCAUCUCUAUACAUGGGGAAGAGGAGAGUCGGGCAGACUUGCGAAUGGAUCCGAGAUUGACAGUUGUGAACCAAAUUUGAUCAACAAAUCAAAACUUGGGUGCAUCAAAACUAUUGUCUGUGGCAUCAAUAGCACUGCUCUAAUAACUGAAGAUGGAGUCCUAUACGCAUGUGGAAGUAAUGCUAACAAUAAGCUUGGAUUAUCUCGGACUUAUUCCUAUUAUAUUUGGCCAAUGAAACCUGGAAAUAAAGUUGAAAAAUGUGUGGAAUUCACCAAAGUUGCAGCUCUCUCCAAGUGGAAAGUAAAACUGAUCUCCAUGUCGAACAGCUACUCAGUUGUGCUGACUGAAUGUGGGAAAAUCAUACAAAUGGGCAAUGUUGAUGGAUCCUUCAGUGGAAGUCAAAUGGAGAGUCCUCUGGAGAUAAUGGAUGAUGAGGACAUUUCUAUAGAAAUGCUAAGAUGUGGCCCCACCUAUACCGUAUUUGGAACUGAUGAGAACCUUGUAUACUUUUGGGGGACUCGUUACACACCUGUACACAAUACUCAGGGAGUUGGAUCUUCUAACAGGAGUUCAUUCGCUUCGACUCUAUUAAAAACAGAUACUGCUGAAGAACCUGAAGAAAUAUUGGCAUUAUAUGCAUCUGCAAAUCAGAUAGCCAAAGGAGAGAUUGUAGUUCUGAAGGAUUUGAUACCACUGUGGCAUUGCAUCCUGGUUCAUGUGAACACGACCGUACCACUACCCAAGCUCAACCAGUAUGAGGAUCUUAGUACAAAAGCUAAGGUUGUUGCUUCCAGUACAAAUAUUCAAAGUAAAUUUGACUACGAUACAUUUGGUCCGAUUCCUGAAUGGAUGAAGAACGAGUUGGAUGAUGCAGAGAACUCCUGGAAAGGAGUUUUGCCACGGGAUAAAGAAAUGGUUACAACACCGCAAACAGAGACAGAGUCCAUAAGUACAAGCAGCUGAACAUAUUUCUCUUUCUUUUUUAUUUUUCC